AUCCUUCAAUCUAACCACUAGCACCAUCAAGAAGAUUACUACAGCAUUCCAAAAACUCUCAUCUUAGAAAUGGCAUCAUUCACCAUGACAGCCUCAAUCCUUGGCUCCCCAGUCCUUACCAGCCGGUCUGCAGUUGCAACACAGAGGAGAUUCGUUGUCAAUGCUGCUGCUACCAGAGCAGUUGAAGGGGACAACAAGGUGAAUGAAGAGGGUAGCAACAAUGGAAGGAGGAACUUGAUGUUUGUUUCUGCAGCUGCUGCUGUUUGCUCUGUUGCUGGGAUUGCACUGGCAGAUGAACCUAAAAAUGGGUCCCCAGAAGCUAAGAAAAAGUAUGCUCCUGUUUGUGUCACCAUGCCUACUGCUAGGGUGUGCCGCAAAGGGCCUCCAACUUAAGUUUUGGUAAAUUUGUUUAUGCUGAUUGGAAAUGUACAAUGGAUCAGUUGUAAUGUUCUGAUUUUCAUUUAAUCAUCUCACUGUAUGUACUAGUUGCUCAUAAGGCAUCAAAUUUGCAUGA